AUGGCUCUGCCUCUGAGGUCCUUGAGUCGUGGCUUGGCGAGCGCAGCCAAGGGAGAACACGGAGGGGCAGGAGCCAAAACCUGGCGCCUCCUGACCUUCGUGCUGGCGCUCCCGAGCGUGGCCCUCUGCACCCUGAACUGCUGGCUCCACGGGAGCCACCGCGAGCGCCCCGAGUUCAUCCCCUACCACCACCUCCGUAUCCGCACCAAGCCCUACUCCUGGGGGGACGGCAACCACACUCUUUUCCACAAUCCCCGCGUCAACGCUUUGCCCACGGGCUACGAACAACCCUGAGGCGCCGGCGGACGCCCGGUGGAGCAAUAAAGUGUGGAAGCU